AUGGAUAAUGCUAUCCGGUCGAUAGAAGAACUAAGUGACGAGUAUAAAAUACAAGGAAAAACCAAAAAAAUGAUGGACACAAUAAAAGAGAUCGAACAUAUUGAGAAAGAAUAUGAUAGUGUAAUUCAAGAGUAUCACGAGUUGAUAAGUGAAACAAAUAGUAAUAAAUCUUCCAGCGGUGAAAUGCCAGAAGAUAGUGAAUCAACAAAAAAGCAACUUGAUAUUGUUUUAUCACGUCAAAUGAAAAGGGUUUCUAUCCCAGUAUUCACAGGUAUAAAGAGAGAUUAUGCAUUUUGGAAAGCGGAUUUUACUGCCUGUAUCGAUAGCACGGAGGCAACCGAGGAAUACAAGUUUCUGCAAAUGCGUCAAUACCUAAGAGGUGAAGCACUGAAAGCCAUUGAAGGUCUUGGACACUCCGCAUUAGCAUACGAAAAGGCUAAAGAGAGACUUGAGAGAAAAUUUGGCGGUGAACGGAGAUUAGUGAAGAAAUUGAUAAAUUCCCUGUAA